AUGAAAGUUGUUGUUGGCUGUGAUCACGGUGGCUUCGCUUUAAAGCAAACAGUUAUCGAUACAAUCAAGUCUCUUGGACAUGAGGUUAUCGAUGUUGGUACAAAUUCAACAGAAUCUGUUGAUUAUCCAGAUUAUGCUCAAAAAGCAGCUCAUGAGAUCCAAUCAGGAAAUGCUCAGUUUGGUGUUUUGAUUUGCGGAACAGGCAUUGGCAUUUCUAUCGCUGCCAACAAAUGCAAAGGAAUUAGAUGUGCACUUUGCCAUGAACAUCUUACUGCUGAGCUUUGCCGCCAGCACAACAAUGCAAACAUCGUCGCAAUGGGCGCUCGUAUCAUUGGCCCAGAGACAGCCAUUGAUAUUGUCAAGACAUUCCUUACUACGAAUUUCCUUGGCGAUCGUCAUGAACGUCGCGUCUGCAAGAUUAUGUCUCUCGAGUAA